AUGGAAAUCAACUUGAGCAGCGAGAAUUUCCAUCUUAUAUAUUUCCUGUUUAAAACGUGCCCAGGUCGUGUCAUAAGCAAGCUGCUCUGCUCUGGGGAGAAGGAGGUCGAUCUGGCUGUGCAGAGUGCAAAGGCUGCCUUUAAAAUAUGGAGUCAGAUGUCUGGCAUGGAGCGGAGCAGGGUGCUGCUGGAGGCUGCCAGAAUUAUUCGGGAGCAGAGAGAAGAAAUUGCCACCUUGGAAACCAUCAACAAUGGGAAAUCCAUCUUUGAAGCCAGAGUGGACAUCGACAUAUCCUGGCAGUGCCUGGAGUAUUACGCAGGACUGGCAGGAUCUCUAGCUGGUGAACACAUCCAACUUCCGGGGGGAUCCUUUGGGUACACUCGGAGAGAGCCCCUUGGGGUGUGUGUUGGGAUUGGAGCCUGGAAUUACCCUUUCCAGAUUGCCUGCUGGAAGGCUGCCCCAGCCUUGGCUUGCGGCAAUGCGAUGGUCUUCAAGCCCUCUCCCUUCACCCCCAUUUCAGUGGUGAGGUUGGCAGAGAUCUUCACAGAGGCCGGUGUGCCCAAGGGGCUCUUCAAUGUGGUGCAGGGUGGAGUGGCCACAGGCCAGUUCCUCUGUCAUCACCCAGAUGUGGCCAAAAUCUCUUUCACUGGCAGUGUGCCAACUGGCAUCAAGAUCAUGGAGAUGGCAGCUAAAGGGAUCAAACCAGUUACCCUGGAGCUGGGGGGCAAAUCCCCGCUUAUCAUCUUUUCGGACUGUGCCUUGGAGAACGCCGUGAACGGAGCCCUCAUGGCCAACUUCCUUACACAGGGCGAGGUAUGCUGCAAUGGUACACGGGUGUUUGUGGAGAGGAAGAUACUGGAUGUCUUCACAAAGGAGGUGGUGAAACGCACUCAGAAAAUCAAGGUUGGAGACCCACUUCUGGAAGAUACAAGAAUGGGAGCUCUCAUCAAUCGGCCCCACCUGGAUCGUGUCCAGGGCUUUAUCAAGCAGGCAAAGGAGCAGGGGGCAGUGGUGCUGUGUGGUGGGGACCUGUAUGUGCCAGAUGACCCGAAGCUGAAGAAUGGUUACUACAUGCGACCAUGUGUGCUAGGGAACUGCACAGAUGACAUGACAUGUGUGAAGGAAGAGAUCUUUGGGCCUGUCAUGUCCAUUCUGCCGUUUGACACAGAGGAGGAGGUUGUAGAGAGAGCCAACAACACCAAAUUCGGCCUGGCAGGUGGUGUCUUCACCAGGGAUAUCCAGAAGGCUCACAGGGUAGUGGCUGCUCUCAAGGCUGGGAUGUGCUUCAUUAACAACUACAACAUCAGCCCUGUGGAGCUGCCUUUUGGAGGAUACAAGUCAUCAGGAUUUGGCAGAGAGAACGGGCGGGCAGCCAUCGAAUACUACUCACAGCUGAAGACUGUCUGCGUGGAGAUGGGUGAUGUGGAAUCUGUGUUUUAGUGGCUCUCGGGCCUGCUCAAAGGAGCAUCAGCCAGUUCUUGCCUGUCAGCCAGAGAUGUGGAUCAUUUACCCAGCAAUAAAGUGCUCUAAAAUUGUAAGUGCCCGGGGGGGACAACAGUGCUGGAGCAGCAUUUAGCCACCGUGCUCCUGCCAAGGGGGAAUGUACACACAGGGCUCAGCCUGUGGGCCUGCUCUGUCCUGUUGGGUGGAAGAUGGGAACCUCAAAGUAGGAGGCAGCAAUAUGGCUUUCAGCAGCAGCUUGUGU